UGUAUGAGAACGUGAACGCGCUUUGCUCUGAACCCGCCCCGCCGGUUUCCGUUCCUUAGCCGCUGCCGGAGUUUGGGCCCGUAGAAGCAUAAGGAAGCAGCGCCGGGGAGACGCAGGGAGCCCCUCAGCUAUGGCAGCCAUUCGGAAAAAGCUGGUUAUAGUGGGUGAUGGUGCCUGCGGCAAGACCUGUUUGCUCAUUGUAUUUAGUAAAGACCAGUUUCCUGAAGUUUAUGUUCCCACAGUAUUUGAAAACUAUGUAGCAGAUAUUGAAGUUGAUGGAAAGCAGGUGGAGCUGGCCUUAUGGGAUACAGCAGGACAAGAAGACUAUGACCGACUUAGGCCUCUUUCAUACCCAGACACUGAUGUUAUACUUAUGUGUUUUUCAAUUGAUAGUCCUGAUAGUUUAGAAAACAUUCCAGAGAAGUGGACUCCAGAGGUGAAACACUUCUGUCCCAAUGUACCCAUCAUUCUGGUAGGAAAUAAGAAGGAUUUGAGGAACGAUGAACACACAAGACGGGAACUGGCCAAAAUGAAGCAGGAACCAGUCAAACCUGAAGAGGGCAGGGAUAUGGCAAACCGCAUCGGUGCUUUUGGAUACAUGGAAUGCAGUGCAAAGACCAAAGACGGUGUGAGGGAAGUGUUUGAAAUGGCCACUAGAGCUGCUUUACAAGCCCGACGUGGCAAAAAAAAAUCUGGGUGCCGUCUCUUGUAAAGCACAGCCAAGGGAAGAUGGCUGAAGCAGUGCCCCGCAUUCAAUGAAUUUUUGAAGUGCUGUUUAUUAAUCUUAGUGUAUGAUUACCAGCCUUUUCAUUUAUCUAUAAUUUACUUAAGAGAUUUAAAAUCGAGUCUUGCUACCAGUAUUUAGAAGCCAACCAUGAUUUUUUUAUAAUGGUCUGCAUCAACUACAUCUGUGCACACAAGGGUUAACUUCAACAUUCCUUUAACAAAACUUUCUCUGCACUUGCAGGAUAUGCCUGGCGCUAAUUGAAGACAAUUCUCUUCUUGCUUUUUUAGACAUGGGAAGAAAGCUGGUAACACUGAGAAUUGGGCUGUAACUACUCCAUAACUAACAUGUUCUACCUGUUCAGGUACAACAGACAUAGCUUUGGAUGAGAUCCUGAAUAACUUUAGUGUUUUCACAUUGAGAGGAGGGGGGGUUCUUCUGAUCACUUACUCCAAGAGGUUCUUUAAUAGGAAAUGAUAUUUGGAAAAUGUGCUAACUCUGAAAUUACCGGAGUCUCUCUCAGCUAUGAAAAGUAACAGUUCCAUGGUUUCAUGUUAGUUACCUUAUAGUUACUGUGUAAUUAGUGCCACUUAAAUGUAUGUUACCAAAAAUAAAUCUAUAUAUCCCAGCCUAGAUGUAGUAUUUUUUGUAUAAUUGGAUUUCCUAAUACUGUUUUGCUUGUAACUUCUGCGUAAGGUGUUCUGGGUUUUUUUAAGAGUGUACUUGCAAAUAAAGUCAAAUGGAGAGUGAUGCCCUUCCCCAUUUGUAAUUGUCCGAUCCAUUUGUAUGACUUAAACAUCCCCAGAAAGCUCAUCUUUAAUACCUCCUUCAGGAGCAAGGGAAAGGCAGCUGUUUUACAGUCAAGGUAACUGAAUGUUUCAGAAGCUUUAAGUUAACCCCUGCUGGAUCCAGCUCCAGUCUGAAAAUGCAAGUUCUUGCUUAUCAUCUGCUGGCCAAAUUCCCAUCCUGUGAACGUCUUGCUGUUCUGCAGCAAACUAAACUCUCUUCUGUAUUUGUUUCCAACGACUAAUAGAAUAAAGGCAGUUUUCUAA